CCGCGGCCGGCAAGAAGGAGGGUUCUGAGGGGAGAGUUGACCCCAAGGGGAGUGAGCCGGCUGAACGACCCUCAAGACACCUGUCAUCCACUCCCAGCUCCGGCCCCAGAACCAGCCAUGCCCAGCACCCAGGGGCCCUUCUUCUUCCCCAUGGCCCACUUCGUCCUCUUUGUCUUCACGGCCUCCACCAUCUUUCACCUUCAGCAGCGGCUAGUGAAGAUCCAGCCCCCCUUGGCCGCCCAGAGGCUGGAGCCCGAGGAAACUGAGGACAACGCCUCCAGCGCCCUGAGCGCCCCAAGCGCCCUGAGCACCCCAAGCACCCUGAGCACCUCGAGCUCCACGAGCUCCACGAGCUCCGCGCCCAGGGGCAUGUGGACCAUCAACGCCAUCGGCCGCCUGGGCAACCAGAUGGGCGAGUACGCCACGCUGUACGCCCUGGCCAAGAUGAACGGGCGGCCGGCCUUCAUCCCCGCCGAGAUGCACAGCUCGCUGGCGCCCAUCUUCAGGAUCUCCCUGCCGGUGCUGCACGGCGCCACCGCCAGCAGGAUCCCCUGGCACAACUACCACCUCAACGACUGGAUGGAGGAGCAGUACCGCCACCUCCCCUGGGAGUACGUGCGCCUCACGGGCUACCCCUGCUCCUGGACCUUCUACCACCACCUGCGCCCCGAGAUCCUGCGGGAGUUCACGCUGCACGACCACGUGCGGGAGGCAGCACAGCGGUUCCUCCGGGGCCUGCAGGCCACGCGAGCCCCACAGCUGACCUUCGUGGGCGUCCACGUGCGCCGCGGGGACUACGUCCGCGUCAUGCCGCGGGUGUGGAAGGGCGUGCUGGCCGACCGCGGGUACCUGCAGCAGGCCCUGGACCGGUUCCGGGCCCGCCACCCCGCCCCCGUCUUCGUGGUCACCAGCAACGGCAUGGCCUGGUGCCGGGAGAACAUCGACGCAUCCCGGGGGGACGUGGUGUUCGCGGGUGACGGCGUGGAGGGCUCCCCCGCCAAGGACUUCGCACUGCUCACGCAGUGCAACCACACCGUCAUGACCAUCGGCACCUUCGGGAUCUGGGCCGCCUACCUGGCGGGCGGAGAGACCAUCUACCUGGCCAACUACACCCUCCCGGACUCGCCCUUCCUCAAAGUCUUCAAGCCAGAGGCUGCCUUCCUGCCCGAGUGGUUCGGGAUUGCCGCCGACCUCUCCCCGUUGCUCAAGCCCUGAGACCGGCCUGCCCUGGGCACCCCCUUCUCCUUGUCAGGCUCCCCCAAGACCAGAUCCACACCCGAGGAGCACCCCUGUUACAUGGACCCGGACCCUUCCCUCUUGCCUCAGAAUACCUCCGGCCGCCAGUAGCAGAGUCCCAACAAACUUGUUUAUCUUUUUUAUUUAUUUUUUAAAAAAUAUAUUUUAUUGAUUUUUUUUACAGAG